AUAACAUCUUGAACGGAAUGAGAUCGCGCAAUCGUGACAGCUUUUUCGUAAGUCCAUUGGUGUUUUCUGUCGCGUAAAGUUUUGUGGUGCGAUUACGCAAAGGAGUAGUGCACAACAUAAACGUUUCAUGACAGAUUUAUAACAAGGAAUGUGUUUACAAUAUUCAUACAUGAUACAUUUUUGAUAAGUUGAUACACAUAUAUCAAUAUUAAAAUCAUUGUACGACAGUUAUGCAUAUGCUAAUACCAAGAAUCUACAGAAGAAGAUUUGGAUUCAAAUAUUGGAAGAUGUUCAAAGCACCAAUGCGUACGCAGACAGUUUAAACUUUUAUGCAAAUUGCUAUAUAGGAACCAUUGAUAGAAAAGAUUUAUUGAACUAUCGAGACCUAGACAUACAUGUAAACAUGGCAGGAAGUGGAACCAUUGUCUCAUCAACCAUAAAACAAAUGCAAGAGAAAGAUCAUGCACCUAUUUCUAUGGAUUACUCUAGUAUUAGAGGAAAGAAUGUUUUAGUUAGCCCGUCAGAAGAUCAAUACGAGUUACUACUUAGACGCUUAAAAGAAAGAAUUCUAGAUGGUGGUAGCGAAACAAUUUUUGAUAUUGGCAUUGGUGAAGAUGGCUCUGAAGAUGGCUUAAAAGAAGAUGAGUACGAAGCAUCUGUAGCCACCUUGCAGUCACUUGCUGCUACGUUAGAAGCUGACUGUGUGCUACUACGACAGAAUAAAGUAGAUCAUGGCCUUGUAGGACAAUAUCUAGUGCGAAUGCGUCUAGAUAGACAAGAUUUCUUAGAAAUUAGAGUGGCUGUUGUCGGUAACGUGGAUGCUGGAAAGUCGACACUUUUGGGUGUAUUGACGCAUGGAGAACUUGACAACGGUCGAGGCUUGGCACGUCAAAAAUUAUUUCGUCAUAAACACGAGGCUGAAACAGGUCGUACUAGUUCGGUUGGAAAUGAUAUUCUUGGAUUUGACAGUGUCGGCAAUGUAGUAAAUAAGCCAGAACACGGAUCUUUGGAUUGGGUAAAAAUAUGUGAAAAAUCUUCUAAAGUUAUAACAUUCAUUGAUCUUGCUGGCCACGAAAGGUACUUAAAAACAACCGUUUUUGGAAUGACAGGACACGCGCCUGACUUUGGUAUGUUAAUGGUUGGAGCAAACGCAGGCAUCGUCGGAAUGACAAAGGAACACCUAGGCUUAGCUUUAGCUUUGUCAGUACCAGUAUUCGUUGUUGUUACGAAAAUUGAUAUGUGUCCAUCGAAUAUAUUGCAAGAAAAUUUAAGACUAUUGAUAAGGAUCUUGAAAUCUCCAGGUUGCAGGAAGGUACCUGUCACCGUGAAAACUCCUGACGACGUCGUCGUUAGCGCUACCAAUUUUGUGUCAGAACGGUUGUGUCCUAUUUUUCAAGUUUCGAAUGUGUCGGGCGAAAAUUUAAAUCUCCUUAAAAUGUUUUUGAAUUUAUUAACCGCAAGGAUAACUAGUCAUGACGAUGAACCAGCGGAGUUUCAGAUAGAUGAUACGUAUUCAGUACCGGGUGUUGGUACUGUAGUUUCAGGAACAACUCUGAAAGGUGUCAUAAAACUAAACGACACUCUAUUACUAGGACCUGAUCCUUUAGGUCGUUUCAUUCCAAUCGCAGUGAAGAGUAUACAUAGAAAAAGAAUGCCUGUUCGCGAAGUGAGAGGUGGUCAGACUGCUAGUUUUGCGUUAAAAAAAAUUAAAAGAUCGCAAAUUCGAAAAGGUAUGGUAAUGGUCGCACCAGCAUUAAAUCCACAGGCUUGUUGGGAAUUCGAAGGUGAAAUUCUCGUGUUGCAUCAUCCGACAACAAUCAGUUCUUGUUAUCAAGCAAUGGUUCACUGUGGAAGUAUAAGGCAAACAGCAUCUAUAAUUUCUAUGUCACAAGAUUGUCUGAGAACUGGAGAUAAAGCUUUAGUGCGCUUUAGAUUUAUAAAGCAUCCUGAGUAUAUAAAACCAGGACAAAGAAUGGUUUUCAGAGAAGGACGUACUAAAGCAGUAGGCAAUGUUUUAAAACUUAUUCCAUAUUCUAGUACUAUGGCUAUGCAAACAAAUAGGUCUAAUAAACCAAAUAAAACAUCCCAGAAUCGUCAAAGUUCUUCGUCUAUGAUGCAACCGUUAGAUGCAACAGAGACGAGUUCUUCAUUCGAAGGACAGGCAUCGAAACAAGAAAAUUUGCUCCAAAAAUCUGGUAUGAGUCAAAAUAAAACGAGUAGGGGACGAAGGGGAGGACGAUCUCAUAAUACUGCUAAUAGUAUUAUUCAACCUCUCUCGGAGCAAAAUCCUCCCACAAAAGUAUAACCGAUGUUUAUGUACAAAAUUCAUAUACAUGUAUGUAUAUAUGUACACAAUCUACAUAUACAAAUCGUUUUAAACUCUCGACACUUAACGACGAGAGUUUUACUUGUAUACAAGUUUUGUUUCAGCUUUUUUUCUUUAAAAAAAUAUUCCGUCUUAGAAUGAAACCUUAGUAUACAAGUGAUACCAUUUUUUCUUUAUUUUAUUAAUUUCUAAUAUUUUGAAAGCUCUUUGUUUAUAUAUAAAUAAAUGUAUUAUUUUAAUAGUUA